CUUGGUUCUUUUUUUAGAGAAAACUUUGAUUGGAAAAAUAUUACCUUGAUGUUCAGUUUGAAAGAUGACGGGAAAACUGACGUACGCUUUCUUACUGACAAGCGCAGUUAUAUUUACGGCCACCUUUGCGAACCCAAAAGCAAAACAAGAUGAAACUUUUGGACAUGUCCGCCGAAAACGACCUCUCCUUCUUACAACAGCACACCUAAGCCCCGCUGAGUGUGUCGAUAGUUGUGGGGACCCUCUGGUAGGAACCGCAGACGUUUGCAUAUCUACUGGUUUUUAUAGUCAGACUGCCACCGUAGAGCACUUUAACUGCUUAAUAGGAUAUGUCUUUCGCAUACAUAAUGGAGUUUGUACGCACGAUCAUGUAAUUUAUCCUACCGAGCAUACACGUCCACCAAAAGUUGAACAUGACCGUAUUCUGUGUGGCCGGAGGUGCUCAAAUGCUGGAACGAGUUGGAUUUGCGCAACUGAUGGUUAUAGCAAUUGGGCUAUGACUUCAGAGCACCACGCCUGUUUAGUAAAAUGUCAGAUAGGACCCAUAAUACUACGUGCAGAAGAAUGUCCUGAAUUAUAUCAUCACGUGCACCGCCCUGCUCCAUGAAAUAUUUUGUGAAAAAAACAUGCACUACAUGUAAUUUGUGU